UUUCUGAAAAUAACUUGCGCUGGGAUGCCGCCGGUAUAAGGUUUUUAAGGGGAAAAACAAUAGUCUCUCUCAUUCGAGUUUUAGAGUCAAAGAGCCGCUUGCUUUAGCUCAUAGAUGGCGGAGGAGGUUUUGAUAGAUCCAGGGAAAACUAGAGGGCAUCUAACCUCAUCCCUGUUGGCAGUAGCAUUUCUGUCUUCUUUCGGGAGCUCCAUGCUCUAUGGUUAUAACCUGGCUGUGGUUAAUUCACCCUCACAGUACAUAAAGGACUUUUUUAAUCAAACCAUUGUGAGGCGGCAUGGGUCAGGAGUGGAUGAAGAGACUCUCACGCUUAUGUAUUCAUUCACUGUGUCUAUAUUUGCCAUUGGAGGGUUGGUGGGCUCCCUGACAGUGAGGAUGCAGGUCACCAGAUUUGGGAGGAAAGGGACACUGGUACACAGCACAGUUCUGGUGUUUAUCGCUGGAGUUCUGAUGGGCUUCAGCCGGUUAUGUGGAUCUCCAGAGAUGAUCAUUGUUGGGCGCUUCAUUACAGGGAUACAUUCAGGAAUAGCUCUCAGCGUGGUGCCCAUGUAUCUGGGAGAAAUUGCUCCAAAGAAUCUCCGGGGGUUUCUAGGACUCGUGCCCAGCAUCUUCAUUUGUAUUGGAGUGUUUAUUGCACAGAUUCUGGGACUCCAUGAGCUCUUGGGCAAGGAAGAGCACUGGCCUUUAUUCUUCUCUUUGGUCGUGGUUCCUACAUUUAUACAGCUCAUGUUAUUGCCGUGGUUCCCGGAGAGUCCACGAUACCUGUUGAUAGAAAAGAGGAACAUCCAUGCCACUAUCACAGCACUUAAGUGGUAUCGUGCUAAGGGUAACAUCCAGGCUGAGGUGGAGGAGAUGCAGGAGGAACAGCGCUCUUUAUCCUCAGUGGAGACUGUGUCAGUCUUGCAGCUCUUCAGGGAUCCGUCUGUUCGCUGGCAGCUUGUUACAGUCAUUGUUGUCAAUGCUGGGAUGCAGCUGUCUGGAAUCGAUGCGAUCUGGUUCUACACUAAUGACAUCUUUGAGAACGCUGGCAUUCCUUUUAAUCAGAUUCAAUACACAACUGUAGGCACUGGAGCCAUAGAGGUCAUCGCUGGGCUUAUAGGGUGUUUUGCUAUCGAGCGAGUGGGUAGAAGACCCUUGAUGAUUGGUGGUUUCACUUUCAUGGGUGUGUGCUGUGCUGGAAUCACCUUCUCCCUCUUAUUAGAGGCUCAUAUAUCCUUCAUGCGGUACAUCAGUGUGGCCUGCGUGGUGGGAAUCAUCGCUGGAUUCUGCAUAGGGCCUGCUGGUGUCCCGUUCCUCAUGACAGGAGAACUCUUUAAACAAUCUCAUCGACCCUCUGCCUACAUUGUAGGAGGAUCUCUCAACUGGAUAUCAAACUUCGCUGUAGGAUUUGUCUUUCCUUUCCUUCAGAUGUCAGCCGGGGCGUUCUGUUACCUGGUGUUUUGUGGAGUGUGUGUCGGGGUGGCAGCCUACGUCUUCUUCAUCAUCCCUGAAACGAAGAACAAAACCUUCAUGGAAAUCAGUCAGCUAUUUGCCUUAAGAAAUGCUUGUGAAAUUGAAAACCAGUCGCUGGUAACCAGUGGUCAACUCGCUCUCAAAAAGAUGAAUGGUUAUGGAGCACUGGUGCAUGUAGUAGAUGUGGACAAAAAGGAGAAGGCAGAGACACAGUGAUGAAAGAGGGGAGUAUUGCUUCAAUGAGGACCAGAAUUGACUGCGUAGAUACAGGCUCUAAUUUAAUAUUUUAUUUAAAAAAAUAAAUAAAUAAGUGCAGACUGCUAUGGGUGAAUGCAAUAUAAUUAGCUGACUGAACAUGAUCAAAAGUUGUUGUUAAAAAGAUUAAAUAAAGGAUUGUCUUUUGAUAUAUUGGACUAUUGGAAAACAAGUAAAGUCAUUUCUCUUUUUAGUGCUUAAAGUCAGUGUGAAAUAAAAAUGAACAAUGUUUAUUUUGCUAGCGCACACUGUUAUUCUUCAGGUGAACUAUUAUGCAAGUUUAUCCACUAAAAAAUCAAAGUCUGGUAAUUUGCGUUUGGAGUGGCAGUCCAUUUUUGAUGACUUCCGUUUGAUCGCUUCAAUCGUAUUAUUCUUAACCGUGCCCCUUUAUCUAUGACAGAAUGAAGCCCCGCCCUCGCCUCGCCCCCAUAUUCAGUUUCAGUUGGAAGUUUAUCAACAUACUGAAAUAAAAGUCUCAGCAACUUUAAGUUCAUGGAGAGGCGUCUGGAUGCACUUGCAGGCUGAACUGUAUGCAAUGCUUUUAAUGCCCACCCCUAACCUUACACCUUGCAGUGACGUUACUAGCUUCACUGAGUGCAUUGUGUCUGACAUUGCAUUUCUGAGAUAUGCAGUCUCAGCUUGCUAAUCCAAGUCUGCAUUCAGAUACUAUUGGGUUUAUGCUGACUUUAAGUUAGCUAACAUUUUAGUACAAGUA